CAGUGUAAAUUAGUUUUUUUUUUGCAGUUGCUGUCAUUGGGAAUUAAUCCAGCAUAAGCGAUUUUUUAUUGUCUAAAAUAAAAUUAAAACAACUAAGGUGCGAUGACCUCUCAAUCAUACUGGUGUACAAUAACAGACCCAUUAAUUCGUGGAGCAGGUAUUUGUCGAGAAAACAUUUCGGAUGAAUCUUUCUCUAACAUUGUAAAGUAUCUGUUCAAAACCAUAGACAGCCAGACUGAGACAACAUCAGAACAAUCCGAAAGCGAUAUAGAAACCCUUCAAAUCGACUCCGGUUUAAAUGAGCAAGAUUUUACAGUCGCUCUCAAAACAUUGGCAUACCUUGUGAAACGAUCCCUCAAAUUCAUGUUGAAACCUUCGAAUUUACAAGCGGAUUUGCGCACUCGACUGGAACUGGACAAAACUAAAAGUAAUAUUUUUGUUAAGCAUUGGAUCCAAGCAACGAAAAUAAUACUAGACACGCUGGAACUUAGCAAUGAUGGCCGAAGCGAAGAAAGUUCAACAUCUAACCAACUCGAGGAUGUUUCGUGGAAAGUCCGAGCACAAUUGUCCUCGGAACCACGACAGAAGGAUAAAUUGGCACUGGGCCAGUUGGAACUGAAAACCACUAAGAAGAUCAUCAAUCUGGAACUGAACAGUAGCGAACUUGUUGAUUUCUACAACCAGCUAGAACGAAUACAAUCCGAGCUAGACGUUUUAAGAUCAAAAACAUAACAAAGAAAGUAAAUAUAUACAUUUCCGCUUUUAAUUAGAUCGAUUUUACUUUCAUUGACCGACCGAUAAUAGCUCCGCGAUGUCGUAGUAACGAGCAACGCCAACAAUUGUGCGCUCUUUAUUUUUCGAGUUUCUUCUUCGGCUCAGUAGUUUCAUAUUGAACUACUAGUUGAAUUCAUAUUAAACAUACAACGUUAUUCCACUGCACUAAUGAGUCGU